AUGGCCAAACCCAACGGCUCCGGCCCCAAAAAGGCCUACCUCAUCCUCUACAAUGCCGCCUCCGCCAUUGCUUGGGCCACCAUCCUCGGGCGGGUGGUCGCGGUGCUGGGCUAUAAGGGCGCACCGUUCUUCGUGCCGCUGGUGGUCGACAACUUUACACGCAUCACGCAGACGUGUGCGAUCAUGGAGAUCCUGCAUGCUCUCACGGGCGUCGUCCCAGCCCCCGUCUUCACAACCUCCAUGCAGGUCGCCAGCCGGCUCUUCCUGAUGUGGGCGGUCUGCUGGCCGUUCCCGCAGCUCAACACCAGCGCGUGGUACUCGUCGAUGCUGUGCGCCUGGAGCCUGACCGAGGUGAUGCGGUAUUCCUACUUUGCGCUGAAGCAGGUCGAGGCCGUCCCCGGGUGGCUGCACUGGCUGCGGUACAGCGCGUUCCUGAUUUUGUAUCCGGUCGGCAUCAGCAGCGAGGUGGCUAUGGCGCUGCGGGCGAUUGUUGGGCCUGCAUCGAGCCUGGCACCUUGGUACCCCUACGCGCUCGCGGCGGUGGUGUUGUCGUAUAUUCCGGGCUCGGUCAUUCUGUAUGGCCACAUGUUAAAGCAGCGGAGGAAGUACCUCGGAGUCGGCAGGUCCGCGGCGCAGAAGAAGACACAAUAG